AUGGUAAUACAAAUCUUGGAGGAUAUGCUUCGAGCCUGCAUUAUCGAGUUUGAGGGUAGUUGGGACAGACACUUAGCCCUGAUAGAAUUUGCUUACAAUAAUAGCUACCAAUCAAGUAUAGGCAUGUUUUCUUAUGAAGCUUUAUAUAGGAGAAAAUGUAGAACGCCUCUUUGUUGGAGCGAGGUUGGUGAAAGAAAAUUGGUGGGUCCUGAGAUUGUGCAACAAACUGAAGAUAAGGUGAAAAUCAUCAAGGAUCGUUUGAAAAUUUCUUCAGAUAGACAAAAGUCCUAUGCUGAUCUAAAAAGGCGUGAAUUGAGCAUCAGAUACCGCUCAGAUCCAUCUCAUGUUCUUCCUAUUGAGUCUAUUGAGGUUAAUCCUGAUUUGACAUAUGAAGAAGAACCAAUCCAAAUCUUAGCGCAUGAGAUAAAAGAGCUUAGAAAUAAGAGAAUCCCCUUAGUGAAGGCUCUUUGGAAAAAUCAUUCAGGCGAGGAAGCUACCUGGGAGCGAGAAGAGGAUAUGCGAGUUUAA